CUUCUCUCAAAAGAGAGAGAACCUAUGCAAGCAUGCCAUGAGCCAUAAAAACUAUCUAGUAGUAAAUAAAAAAGGAAGGCAGGGCAAGUUGUUAGAGAGAGGAAACGCGAGGGAGUAGAGAGUUAUAGAGGAGGUAUUAUGGUGGGUGUGGAUGCUUUCGGCUAAGCUUACUCGAACUGGCCUCGUCUAUGCUGUAUUGGGCAGUUAGGGAUUUAACAAGAUCUUGAAACAUUUCUCCCUCUACCAUACCUUUUUGCAACAAAAACUGUCUCUCUCUCUCUGGGGAGUCUGAGGUUUUUUCCUUUGAAUACUCAAACCAUUUCUCUCUCUCUCUCUCUCUCUCUAUGUAUAUAUAUAAAUAUGCUUCAUUAUUUAUUUGACUCACAAAAACCAAGAUAAAACUUUCUUCUUUAGCUUCUCCUCUUCUUCAAUCAGCCACCACUAACACCAUCAAUCUGCAUCCUUCGUUUCUUUCCCAGUCUUUCUUCAUCUUUCAUUAUAGUCUGCUUUUUCUCUCAUGGUGGAGGGUUGUGGAAAAUCUUGCAAUCUGCUUCAAGUUCUAUCUUGAAAACCACUCAACAAAAGGAAAAAAAUGUGGAACUUAAAUGACUCGCCUGAUCAAACAAGAGACGAUGAAUCCGAGGGAUGUUCAAGUCAAAAAACAUCAAUUGAUGGCGAAGAUGACAAGGGCAAAAGGGUCGGAUCGGUGUCCAAUUCCAGCUCUUCUGCUGCAGUAUUUGAAGAUGGAUCAGAGGAAGAGGAUGCUGUUGGAGAGAAAGGAAAUAAAAUAAUCAAGAAACGUAGUAUAAGCAUUAGCAGCAGCAGCAGCAAGAUUUUCGGGUUCUCGGUGCCUUAUGAUCAAUACUCCAUGGACAUGAGUGAUCCACCAGUGACCCGGCAGUUCUUUCCUCUAGAAGAUCAAGAAAUGGGGUCCACAUCGGGCGUUGGGGGUAGUUUUGGAGGUGGUGAUGGAGUUGGAGGUGGAUUUCCUCGGGCUCACUGGGUUGGUGUCAAGUUUUGCCAAUCGGAAUCAUCACUUGCUUCUCAAAAAUCCAUGGAAGUCUCUCAACCAUUGAAGAAAAGUAGACGAGGACCACGGUCCAGGAGCUCUCAAUACCGCGGUGUUACCUUCUACCGGAGAACUGGCCGAUGGGAGUCUCAUAUAUGGGAUUGUGGGAAGCAAGUGUAUCUAGGUGGAUUUGACACUGCACAUGCAGCAGCUCGUGCAUAUGAUAGGGCAGCUAUCAAGUUUCGGGGAGUGGAGGCAGAUAUUAAUUUUAGAAUUGAAGAUUAUGAGGAGGACUUGAAACAGAUGAGCAACCUCACCAAGGAAGAAUUUGUUCAUGUACUUCGCCGGCAAAGCACAGGAUUUCCUAGAGGUAGUUCCAAGUAUAGAGGUGUAACCUUGCACAAGUGUGGAAGAUGGGAAGCUCGAAUGGGCCAAUUCUUAGGCAAAAAGUAUGUUUAUUUGGGCUUGUUUGAUACUGAGAUUGAAGCUGCAAGGGCCUAUGACAAAGCUGCAAUCAAGUGCAAUGGCAAGGAGGCAGUAACCAACUUUGAUCCUAGCAUUUAUGAAAAUGAGCACUCAAUUGAAUCACAAGGCAAUGCUGCGGAUCAUAAUCUUGAUUUGAGCUUGGGCAAUCCAGCUUCGAAGCAAAUAGAAUUUGGUCAGGAUAGGCACAGUGUUGCAAUGGAGCAACAUUCAGCAACUAUGCCAUUUGAACCUAAUUGGCAAAAUCGGGGGCUUAGACCCAGGCAGCUUAACCUUUGUACAAGUGACAAUGAUGGACAUGGAAGAGAUGGGUAUGGAGAGACUGAAACGACUCAGCUUCUUAGCAAAAUCCACAUUCAAUCUCCAGCAUCACUCAAGUCCAGUGAAAUGCCAAGAUACGAGCAGUUCAGGAGAUCACUCGGAGAUAGUCAGAUUCAUCCUUUUCUUCCCCCACAGUUUAACCCACCAAAUUAUCAAACUCAGCAUCCAAGCAGCAGCAAUGGAGGCCGAAUUGGAAGUGAUCUUUCUCUCACCCCAUCUGAGCUUCAUUAUCACCAUCAUUAUCAGCAAUGGCAAGCAGGUCCUCCCCGGUUUGCAAAUGCUGCAGCAUCAUCAGGAUUCCAACAGCAGAUUAGGACUCCACAAAACUGGCUGCAGAAAAAUGGGUUCAACUCUCUCAUGAGACCCUCUUAACCCAUGCAUAAAGUGGCCGUUCCAUCUUCCUUGCUAUGCUAUCUCAAUCCUCACCAUGUUUGCUAGCUGGGUAACAUGUAAAGAGCAAGGCUUUUAACUACGAGGCAGGUUGUUUUUAUAUCACUGUCCGCCCAUCCCCAGAGAGAACCACCACCAAGAAAAUCACGAAAUUGUUGGCCAGAACAUAAAAAAAAAAAAAACAAAGAGAAGGAAAUUCCAAGUCUUUGGGAAAUGUUUGCUGGUCAUCAGUCAAAACUAAUAAAGGGACGAAAUCUUCAAUUAGAUAUAAAUUCAUUUCUGGGAUCUGACUAAAACUGCAGGCCUUGUUUUUUUUCCAUUUUUUUUCUCAAUCUUCGAAGUAAAAAUAAUGUUGUUCUGUGGCUCCUCUUGCUUCGCCGCUCUAUUGGGUGUUUAUCGCUGCUCUUUUUCUUUAGGGCUAAUAUAACCUGUCCAGGAAUGUUGUAUUUUGGUUACAAGGGGCUAUCAACACCAAUACCAUGUGUUUGCUGACGUC